AUUGAACCCCGCUAUUUUCGUCUUCGUAAGGCGAUACAUUAAAUGAUUCGCUCUUAUACGACACGCCAUCCCGACAUGCCAUUUGCUUCGAUGAUCUCGAUGCGCGUGCAGACACUCGUCCGAAUCAACGCUCGCGCCGCUUUGAUAACAAACACUCGCGUUCUAGCUGGGACACUGGCAAGGACCUACAGCAACCGCACAGGACCAUCAUCCAAUUCCACUGCCAAAUCAACGGAUAGCAAAGCCCUAGAUCCUAAUAAAAUCAAAGGACCUGGAGGGCUGACCAUGACCCAGAUCGGAAGGCUGGUCCGGCAGAGUCACGCCAAGGACUUGGAACAUCAAGCAAAAAAGCGAGACCAGCAGUCAACCUCGAAAGCACCCAAAAAAUGAGCGUGUAUCAAGGUCAAUGACGCAAGGUUCAGAUGAAGAAGCAGAAGACGCCGUUUCCUUUGCAUGCCACCAUUCUGCUAUGCAUUCCUCCCUAUCUCUGCAGCUGAAAUAACAUUUGCGAAUAAAUAAAUUAUGGCAGCCAUGUUCAACA